UAACGUGAGCGGUUAGCACAUUCAGCGAUUAUUUGGUGUCACACAUUGAAUGACUGUAGCCAUUCUGCAUUUUCUACUCAAGGAUCGCAUCCACGGGACAUACACCGGUGUUGAGAGAGCAGCACAGCUGUGACAUUAAGAGCAGUUGACGAGAUCAGGGGCACCGGCACAAUGGACUGUGCAGUGGAUAUCCCCUCAGGUGAAGAUGAGGCACCUGCGAAAGACGAUAUGCAUGUGAAGGUAGUGAGUGAGCCACCUCCCAAGAAAAACAAGAAGCACAGAAAACACAAGAGCAAAAAGAAGAAGAAAAAGAGGAAGGGGGAAAAGGAAAGCAGUUCAGAGACUGGUGCUGAGUCGGAUGUCGAUCCAUCAUCGACUCCAAACCCUGCCAGGACCAUCAGAGCCAGGAACCUCCCCGAAAAAGAUUUGCUAGCCGUUAGCCACGUUCUAAACAGAACUGAACUAGGUGCUAGACUGGCAGCAUCUGUAGGAACUGAAGACCAAGCUGGGCUGAAGGAGGAGGGGAAAAGGGAUGUAAUUACAGAUCGCACAGAUACAGAGGGAGAUUCAAAAUCCAAAAAACACAAAAGACACGCUGCCAAGAAGAAGAAAAAGAAGAAAAAGAAAGACGAAAAGAAAUCCCCAUCUCGCUCUCCAUCCGAAAGCAGCUCAGCUUCAGGCUCUGACUCUGAAGGUGAAGGGGUAAAAGUGGCUGCUGAUGGAAAAUACUCUCCAGCUGCAGCGUCUGACCUGCAAGAACCAGUCUCUAAACUUGUUUUAAAUAGCAAACGAGGAGAUAAAUAUGAAUUGCUUGGGGUGAAGAAAAAGGAGAUAUCAGAUAUGGAUGUGUCAGCAUCUGGAGAGAAGGGCAGCAAUACCAAUCAAACAGAAAAGAAUAUGAGAUCGCUCUCUGCGGGCCAUGAUGAGAUGACAGAAACGGCAACAGUUAAGACUGAGGGUAGUCAGGAGGGUACAUUCAGCCAUGCCCAGGAACUCCCUGACAUCAUCCCUAAACUGGAAGGUGCUACCCCAAGAGAUGAGCCAGGCCUGAAAGACCAGGCCAAUUCAGUUCAGAGGGCUGAGCUGAUUGAGCGCGAUUCUUCCAGAUGCAGGUCUCUUUCCCCUCCCAAGGGCCUAGGAAUUAAGAGGUCUGGUUCAAGUCAUAGUCACUCGCCAACACCUAGUCCUACUUGGCAGCAGGCUGGGCAAACAGCAGUAGCACCAUCAAAAGAACGGUCGAGAACCCAUUCCAGGUCAACCUCUAAAGAAAAACGGUCUAUAACUCCUCUAAAGAGACGGCAGCUAUCCCGCUCUCAGUCCCCUAGAUCUAAGAGGAAGUCUCUCUCCAAGUCCCCAAAAAGGAACAUCUGUCAGUCCCGGUCCACCUCUCGCUCCCUCACCCCCAAGAAGAAGGUGCCAAAGUCUCCAAGGAAGUCCAAGUCUCCUAAACGUCGGAGGAGUUCAUUGUCUGUUUCUCCCAAGCGACGCAGAGGUUCCCGCUCUCCUAAAAGAAAGUUGUCACGAUCCCCUAAAUGGGGUGGCCGCAGGUCUCCCUCUCUAUCGCGGUCUCCAAGGAGAAGUCGAAGGCACUCCAGGGCCCGCUCACCGAGGCGAUAUGGUGCAGUUGGCAGGCGUUCACGGUCACGUUCUGUCGCCAGAAAGCGCCGCUCCAUUUCAAGAUCAAGGCGCCCUGUUCGUCGGUCCAGGUCACCGGCAAGACGCGCAGGAGGUAGGCGCUCCAGGAGUCGAUCCGUGUCUCGGCAUAAGAGGUCACCUCCGCCCAGAUCCCGCCGCUCACGCUCUCGGUCGCUCCGCAGGGGCAGGCGUACUCGGUCACGUUCCGUUGUUGUCCUUAAGCACAACCGGCACUCCAAAUCUAAGAGUCCCUGCAAACGGACCAAAUCCAGAACCCCUCCCUCCCGACGCCGCUCCGGUUCCCCGACCAGGAGAAAUCGUUCUCCACCAUGGUCUGGCAAACGCUCAAAAUCUCGCUCGCUGUCUCGAAUGCGUAAGUCUAAGUCAAAGUCCCACUCACCCCCACCUGUCAAGAAGAAGUCAGAAUCUCCCAGGAGGAGUGAAAGAAGAUCAAAGUCUAAAUCCCUUUCGGUGGGCUUAAACAGAUCUAGAUCCAGGUCGGAGUCGAGUGAUGUCCGGUCUAACAACUCCUCCCCAGCCAGAUCCACAGUACCGUCUCCUGUUAAAGAGGUGAAGCCGUCCACCCCUGAAGUUCAGACGGCUGUGAAAAUUGGAGGAUUUUCAGCUACACCAGGUGCUUGGAAACCCAUGCCCGCAGCAGAAGUUGCCCCCAGCCCCCAAGCGGAGAGCUCCUCGGAUACGUUGCCAGAGUCGCCGCCUCAGGCGCUUUCUCCCAACCAUGACAAGGAACAGAGGGAGUGUGUCGACUCAACCAAUGAACAAGAGGUGUCCAUGUCUGGUUCAGGAGAGCCCGGCGCUGCUCCAGAUCGGUCAGAUCUUUGGGAAGCAUCGGAUGAAGAAAAGGAGCCUUCCCCUCCAGUUAAGCAGCGGUCCAAGUCCCGCUCACCUCCGAUAGAAAGGAAACUGUCCCGCUCACCUCCGAUAGAAAGGAAACUGUCCCGCUCACCUCCGAUAGAAAGGAAACUGUCCCGCUCACCUCCGAUAGAAAGGAAACUGUCCCGCUCACCUCCGAUAGAAAGGAAACUGUCCCGCUCACCUCCGAUAGAAAGGAAACUGUCCCGCUCACCUUCGGUAGAAAGGAAACUGUCCCGCUCACCUCCGAUAGAAAGGAAACUGUCCCGCUCACCUUCGGUAGAAAGGAAACUGUCCCGCUCACCUUCGGUAGAAAGGAAACUGUCCCGCUCACCUUCAGUAGAAAGGAAACUGUCCCGCUCACCUCCGAUAGAAAGGAAACUGUCCCGCUCACCUUCAGUAGAAAGGAAAUUGUCCCGCUCACCUUCGGUAGAAAGGAAACUGUCCCGCUCACCUUCAGUAGAAAGGAAACUGUCCCGCUCACCUCCGAUAGAAAGAAAACUAUCCCGCUCACCUUCAGUAGAAAGGAAACUGUCCCGCUCACCUUCGGUAGAAAGGAAACUGUCCCGCUCACCUUCUCCACCACAACGAGCAAUACCCAAGUCCACAUCCCGAAAGAAGCCGUCAAGGUCUAAGUCUCCUGUGAGGAAAAGAGAAUCCGUCUCUCCACCGGAGAGGAAGAAACGACGGUCUAAGUCUCGAAGUCCUGCCCGGCGUAAGAAGUCGCGCUCCCCCGCCAGGCGUAAGAGAUCACACUCCAAGUCACGGACCAGAAUCCGGCGUUCCAAGUCCCGCUCGCCAACCAGGAAGAGACGAUCCCGCUCACCCAAUCCUCGUGGAAGGAGGAGGUCCAAGUCCAACAACAGGAACAAGCGAUCCAAGAGCCGCUCCACUGGCCGCAGAAAAAGAUCAGUCGACAGAAGCAGGCGCUCGCGGUCUCGUUCUGUUGGUCGCAGACGCAGGUCUAGGUCACGGGGUCGAGGCAGGCGCCCGGUGUUCCGCAGUCGUUCGUUCGAUAGGCGAGACAGGUGGAAACGAGAACCCAGCCACUCUCCAGUUCUCAUUCUCCGCAAACAGCGCCGCUCAGGGUCCCGGGCACGACGCAGCACCAGCAAGACUCCUCCACGCCUCACCGAACUGGAUAAGGACCAGUUACUGGAGAUAGCCAAAGCUAAUGCUGCUGCAAUGUGUGCUAAGGCGGGGGUGCCCAUUCCCGAGAGUCUUCGACCGAAAGCCAUCCUCCAGCUCCCUCUACCCACUCCAUCUCCUGCUCCUCUCUCCUUACCACUACCGUUACCUCUCCCAAUGGGCAUGGGGAUGGGCAUGGGCAUGGGGAUGGGGAUGGGGAUGGGGAUGCCUAAUAUGGGGCAGAUGGGGAUGUCCCAUAUUCCAGGAAUGCCCAGCAUGACAAACAUCACCAUGAGUGCCGCUAUGGCAAGUAUGACAGCAGCUACGAUGACCGCUGCCUUGACCAACAUGGGUGCCCUCGCGUCCAUGCCACCCCUUGCCCCGCUGCCUACCAUCACUAACAAGCCUCCACCGUGUCUCGCUCCCCCAAUGCCAACCCUCAACCUGGACCACAUCCAGGAAGCAAAGAGAAAGGUCACUCAGCAGGCCAACAUACACACCAUAAAGGAGCUUACUGAGAAGUGUAAGAUGAUUGCGAAUAGCAAGGAGGAGAUGGCAAUCGCUAAACCCCAUAUCUCAGAUGAUGAGAGCUAAAACCUCCACGCUCUUAAGCCGCUUCCCUCAAAGGACUGAAGAGAAGCAUCGCACACGCUUUACAGGAGGACCGACCUUCCCACAGUUCCCUUUGGCAGCCAGAUGACCUGACUGAGCCUCAUGAACCACCGCCACCAAGAAGAAGAGCAUCCACGUUGUCACAAUCAGGCAUACGGGCCGCAGCCACUGCCCCACCCAGCUCCCCAGUUUGUUUCUGUCGGUGUGCGAGAGAGAGAGAGAGAGAGACUGGCAGACUGUCAACUGUGAUGCCACUGAGUAAGCUGGACGCACAGUUGUAUGACUGUAUAGUGAGUGCGAGUCGGUGUGUGUGUAUAUAUGUAGUGACUUUGACCACCUCGAUGUUGCUGCUCAUUUAAGCGGUCACUGAAGAAAGAGGAAACAAACCAAACAAACAAGUGGCGCAAGUGUUUUUGUAAAAGAUUAGUUUCUCUAAAUUUUAUUUACUUUUAUGCUUUCUAAAAUAAUGUUAAGUGGAGACUGCUUCCUUGUUCAUCUGUAUUCCCCUUGGUUAUCUUUAGUGCCCGGUUUUAUGAACAAAUGAUGCAGAGAAUGUUUUGGUAGAUACUCGAAUGUCAUUGGUUGUCAAAAGCCUGGCUGUCCAGGGUGAGAGUGACCACAUGUGCAUCCUGGAACAGGGUGUCAGAUUUUAUUAUUUUGAAGGGAUGGCUUCAAAAACAAAAUGUAACUAAUUCAGUUGGCUGUGCCCAGGGUGUUGUUUCCGUUCCCUUUAUUUUAAACGGCGCCAACCUACCUAGUCUCGACUCUGUCAUGGUCUUUCUUUUGGGCUUUGUUGGGAUUUUUUACCAAUCUGGAAACGUGUUUGCUGUAGAUUUACAUGGACAUUUCAUCUGCUACUCUUAACACCAACAUCCUAACAUGCAGUGGUGUGUGUUUAGCAGAAUGCUAUAAUAUAUAAUUUAAGAUUCACAAAAGGCAAUUUGUUGGGAAUUUCCAUCAUGGCAUUUUAGAACAAGAAGACAUUUGGGCAAGUAAAAUACAUUCGAAAGAUCUGUUUCUAUCUUUUGUCAUUUGAGUUUGAGAGCAAUGCUGGUUGAUGACAGUCUUGUAGAUCCCAGACGGUGGGACCGUGCCAACAGAACCAUAACACCCAUAACCCGAUUCAGAUCUCAACUCAGAUUUAAUUGGACCUUCAGCUGAAUGAGUUAUUUUUUUAUCCUGGUAAAAUGUAACUUCCUUUAAACUUUACGUUAAAUGGUAAUUACUAUUCAUUUAUAAGAUCAUUUCUAGUUCACUGAUAUGAUACUUGAUAAACAAUAGGUAUUUAAUAAAAAUACACUUUAGAUAUGCUUUUGCCUCUUUCUUGCUGUUUACAUUAUUAAAACAAUUUCGAUUGACUUUUAUAGAGGCACGCACAGAGGACAUAAUCCAUGUUGUGCUGCGGGGUGACAGAUUACUUCUAGUAGUGUUAGAGUCGAGUAUGUAGGUUUUGUGGAUUAGACAAUCAGUUUCUCGGUCUCAAGAUGCUUUUCUUGAAAGAACUAUAACCAAAUUGAAUGUCUAGCAGCACUGUCUUCAGGUGGCCAAUAGGAGAGAAAUAAGAUGACUACAAACAUCACACAAAACCCAACACGCCUUUUCCAUUUAUUCCAUUGACGCAUUUAAUAUCGGCUUGACUCGUAAAUGUUUCUUUGGCCCCGAGUCUUCUGCGUGAGCUGCUUCUUGGUAAGCGGGGUCCAUGUUUCAGUGAAUGCUUUUGUCCCGUUGGAUAACUGAAGAACAAAUGUACUUGGUGCUUUUGGGGAAACUGGCAGGAGUGAGGUUUUAAGGAAUGUUCCACUCGUAACUCUUUUUUUGGGGGGGGGGGGUCCAUUUUGAUCCAUCGUCCUUUUGUUGACUUCUCACACCCGGGGCUGUUAUACUGUGGAAGAUCAUCGGUCACGGUUUUGCCGAACUGUAACUAUACUGACUGUACCAAAAGUGUAGUUGGGCUGUUGGAUUGAUUCCCUGGGGUAAUCUUUAGCUAUUUUAAUGACAGCAAAAAAAAGAGAAGAAAAUGCAUUUUAGGAUUCUUUUUGUGGGGGGGGGGGCAUUUAAAUAUGACAUUGCCUGCUUUGUACAUAAAUGUGUUGAUUAAAAACCUCAAUGAUCUGUA